AUCCUCUCGUCUCCUCUCUCUCCAUUCCAUUUUUCACUCUCUCCCUCAUCUAGACAUAAAAACAAACACAUUACAUACAACAGUACAACAAAACACAACAACAAUAUCUCUCUCUUUCUCUUUCUCUCUCUCUUUUUUCGCUCUUCCCUUUCUCCAGCCAGUCAGAAAAAAGAAUGCCAAGCUUUGAUGCUGCUGUAGACUCCCGUAAUGGAGACUCCAUGGACGGUCCUGACCAAUCCAAAGAUUGUCCUCGAGAUUCCCGUGAUCUCCCAUCUUUAAUGCUGUCUUCUUGUUAUUAUCCUAUUACUCUCAGGUUCAUCGAUGUGUGUUACAGAUUGAAAAUUGAGAAGAGGGCUAAGAGUAGUAACAUCAGACGGAUGAUGGGCCAUGGAUCCACAAAGUCAAAUCAAACAUCAAGGGGUAUGAUUGAAGAACGAACAAUCUUGAAUGGGAUUACAGGCAUGGUAUCGCCGGGAGAAAUCCUAGCCAUUCUUGGACCCUCAGGGAGCGGGAAAUCAACUUUGUUAAAUGCUCUAGCAGGGAGAUUACUCCCUGGACAUGGCUUCACAGGAACAAUACUAGCGAACGAUAAAAAAUUCAGCAAACAAACGUUGAAACGCACCGGUUUUGUGACUCAGGACGAUAUCCUCUACCCUCACCUCACCGUCCGUGAAACCCUAAUUUUCUGUUCUUUGCUUCGGUUACCAAAAUCAUUAUCCCAGAAAGAGAAAACUUCAGUAGCUGAGUCAGUGAUUUCCGAGUUAGGACUAACAAAAUGCGAGAACACCAUAAUCGGAAACAGUUUUAUACGUGGAGUCUCCGGCGGGGAAAGAAAGAGAGUGAGCAUAGCUCAUGAGAUGCUAAUAAACCCUAGUUUGUUGAUUCUUGAUGAACCAACGUCGGGUUUGGACUCAACGGCGGCACAUCGGCUUGUUUUGACGUUGAGUUCAUUGGCUCAGAAAGGGAAAACUAUAGUUACAUCCAUGCAUCAACCUUCUAGUCGAGUUUAUCAGAUGUUUAACUCAGUUUUGGUGUUAAGUGAAGGAAGGUGUGUGUAUUUUGGCCAAGGAAGUGAGGCUAUGGCUUACUUUGAAUCUGUUGGGUUCUCCCCGUCUUUCCCCAUGAAUCCUGCUGAUUUUCUCCUUGAUCUCGCUAAUGGUGUUUGUCAGAUGGAUGGCAUGAGCGAAAGGGAGAAGCCACAUCAAAGCAAUCUUGGAUUUCAAUCUUACAACAGCAUGUUAGGCCCCAAAGUAAAAAGGUUGCCUCGCAAUGGACGGCACACAAUUUCCUCACAAACAAAAGAGACAGGGGUUAAUUGGAAAGCCAUUUCUUUCCAAAGAGAAUAA